AUGUGGUUUGUGCGCCUUGUGAUGUGUGUGUGUGUGUGUGUGGGGUUAAAGUUUUGUGCAGAGGGGUGGGGGCGCGGAAUGCCCCGCAGCUCGCUGUCUGUGAGGAUGGAGCGCGGAUGGGACUGCGCCUCCCCUGCUGGGGUGUUUAUGCUGGGGGUGCUCUUUGCGCUCUGGCUGGCGCCAAACGCGGUUUGGAGUUUUAACCUUUACGCAGAGCACCCCACGGUUUACAGGGGACCCGAUGGGAGUUACUUUGGUUAUUCUGUGGAUUUCUAUCAAGCUUCCACCGACAGGAAGACGAUCAGUGUGCUGGUGGGGGCCCCUAAAGCCAACACCUCUCAGCCAGGCAUAGUGGAGGCUGGAGCCGUCUAUUACUGCCCCUGGCCCGGACAGCCUGAUAGCUGCAGACAGAUUCCUUUUGACAACUCCAAUAACAGAAUGAUUAAAGUCAGCGCCAACAGGGAGCCUUUGGAGUUUAAGUCACACCAGUGGUUUGGAGCGUCAGUCAGGACGCACAAAGGAAAAGUGGUGGCAUGUGCCCCUCUCUACCACUGGCGGACAUUAAAGAAAGAAGGGGAGAAAGAUCCAGUGGGGACCUGCUAUGUGGCCGUUCAGAACUUCAGCGCCUACGCUGAGUAUUCUCCGUGCAGAACCACUGAUCCAGACCCAGAGGGGCAGGGAUUCUGCCAGGCCGGUUUCAGUGUGGAUUUCACCAAGGAAGGAAGGCUGGUUGUUGGAGGACCAGGAAGCUUUUACUGGCAAGGCCAGGUGAUGACAGCAGGGGUAGCCGAGAUACUGAACCGCUACUCCUUAAAGGCAAUACUGAGACAAGUUGCAGGCGAGAAGCAAACCAGAGCUGCUGAAGACACAAAUGACGACAGCUACCUUGGUUACUCUGUGGCAGUGGGAGAGUUUACCGGAGACUCCGAACAAGAGCUGAUAGCUGGAGUUCCAAGAGGAGCACAAAGUUUUGGAUAUGUGGCGAUGAUCAACUCCACCAAUCUGACCUUCAUCCAGAACUUCACAGGGGAACAGGGAAGAAGCAUGGCCUCUUAUUUUGGUUACGCUGUGGCCGUCACUGACUUGGACGGAGAUGGAACCGAUGACAUACUGGUGGGAGCGCCCCUCUACAUGGAGAGGGAGAUGGAGAGCAAACCCAGGGAGGUGGGACGGGUGUACCUGUACCUGCAGCUGGCCCCGCUCACCUUCUCCAAACCCGUCAUCCUCACCGGCACCUACACUUUUGGACGCUUUGGGACGGCUAUAGCACCACUGGGAGACGUCAACCAAGAUGGAUAUAAUGACGUGGCAGUGGGCUGUCCGUUCGGAGGAGAGGACCGUGGAGGCAGAGUGUUGAUCUUUAACGGUCACCGAGACGUAUCCACGCAAGGUCUGACACUGAGCCAAGAGCUUCGAGCUGCACGCCCCCCCAGCGGUGGCUUGUCUGGAUAUGGAUUCACUCUGAGAGGAGGCCAAGACCUGGACAGCAAUGAGUAUCCUGAUCUGAUUGUCGGCGCGUUUGGCACAGGCGAGGUCUCCGUCUACAGGGCUCGCGCUGUCGUGUCGGUGGAAGCUUCAAUGAAACUCACUCCCAGAAUCCUGAACCCUGAUGAUCGGCAGUGUUACCAACCUCAGACAGAUAAUCUGGUCACCUGCCUAAAGGUGGACGUCUGUGCAGCAGUGAGCGGUGUGGGGAUCCCCAGCUCCGUAGAUCUGCGAGCCGAGCUUGAGCUGGAUUGGUUGAAAGGCACCAGGGGUGGUGUAAAGAGAGUUCUCUUCCUGGACACCGAGCAGCCUCAGCGCACCGGGCUCCUCAGACUCGGUCACAGCCGCCCACGUUCGUGUCUGAGCUACACGAUUUAUCUGAGGGAAGAGGAUGAGUUCAGGGACAAAUUGACCCCCAUCUCACUGGCUCUGAACUACAGCCUGGCUCCACCGUCACGUGACCAAACACUCCCACCUGUUCUCAACCAGUACAGCAGCACCUUCCUUCAAGAGCAGGCUUACAUCCUUGUGGACUGUGGCGAUGACAACGUCUGCGUCCCCGACCUCCACCUCUCUGCCAGCAUGGAUCGAACAGAGUUGGUGAUUGGAGAAGACAACCUGGUGAUGCUGACGAUCACUGCUGCAAACCAAGGAGAGGGAGCUUACGAGGCAGAGCUGCACACGCUGAUCCCCCCGGAGGCGGACUACAUUGGAGUGGAGCGCAGGGUGGAGUCGCUCUCUCAGCUAAAUUGCGAGUACAGGACGAUCAACGAUACUGGAAUCGUGGUGUGUGACCUCGGGAAUCCGAUGGUGGCGGGAACCGAGCUGUCUGUCGGUCUGAGGUUUUCGGUGCAGAGGUUGGAAGAAGCCGGACCAAGCAUCACUUUUGAGCUGCAGAUCCACAGCUCCAACAAAGAUAACUCCAACAGCAACCCGGUCAGUUUGAAUCUGUCCAUCACUGCCAGCGCUCGGCUCGAUUUACGUGGGGUGUCCCAUCCCCCCCAGGUGGUGCUGCCAUUCCCAAACUGGGAACCGAAAGAGAAACCUGUCAAAGAGGACGACGUCGGACCACAAGUGACUCACAUCUAUGAGCUUCAUAACUCCGGUCCCAGCAGUAUCGGAGAGGCUGAGCUCCAGGUGGGCUGGCCUGCCCGUUUCCGUGACGAGAACCUGCUGUAUGCCAUGGAGAUUCAAACGGACGGCCCAGUUAGCUGCCAGACAAACACCAGCCUGAACCCACUGGGCCUCCAGAUCUCCACUCUGCAGGACACACCUGAGUUGUUGGGUUUCUUGAGGAACAGCAGCGAUCCUCCUCUUCCUCCUCCUCUUCAUCGCCACAAGCGAGCUGUCAGAAACACUGAGAGUUACAGCAGCAAGACCUUGAACUGCACCAACAUCUCGUGUCUGAGGAUCGCCUGCGUGGUCGGUCGCUUGGAUCGGGGUCAGAGCGCCGUCGUUAGGAUUCGAUCCAGACUGUGGGCACACACGUUUCUACAGCGGCAUAAUGAUCCCUACAUUCUCAACUCCACCGUGUCCUUCAUGGUCAUUUCGGUGCCUUAUCUCGUCCAACCGGGGACACUAUCUCAGCACACGACCUCGAUGGGGACACCGGUGCUGUGGGGGACCCCUGAUGUGUCAUUCGCUGUUCCGCUCUGGGUCAUCAUCCUGGCCAUACUGCUGGGACUGCUGGUGCUGGCCAUGCUAACAUUAGCCAUGUGGAAGUGUGGUUUCUUCGAUCGGGCGCGCCCACCUGCUGAAGGUGACGUCUCGGACCAGGAGAAGCUGACGUCUGAUAAAACAGCGGACUCCUGA